AUGGUCAAUUUUGGAAAAUUUGUCCCGGUUCCCGAACUUCCAUCGAAAAAAGAAAAACCAUUGAAAAAUGAAGUUGGAAGAGAAGAAUACAUGGGCUUGCUCAAGAAGGUGAUGAUCGAUUUCGAUAGUGUUAUCAAUGAUGACUGUGAGAGUCUUAAACCAAAGUUAGAGGAAAACUCUUUAGAAAUGGACGCUUUAAAAUCUACGCAGUGUUUUUAUAUUGCUCUUUUAGAGCUCGAUCCCCAGGUAGUCCACGUAGCCCGAGAUAUGAUUGAACGUUCUGAACAUCAAUUUGAAGAUUUCCGGAAAACAGUUGAAAGUUCAACCGAAAAUUAUGGUAGCUAUCCUCCAGGGUCAGAAAUCCAAGUUUUUAAUUCGUUGUUUUUGUUGAUGGAUACCAUUUUGGGAUUUAUGUCUGGAUCACUUAUGGAGUCAAUGAAAGCGACCUAUCGAUUGCGCACAACACACAAUUCCUUUUCCAAGCUGCUUGAAGAUGUAGAAAAAGUUCAAAAAGAAAAAGCUUCCGGCAUAAGAGCUGUGAAUAAUAGCAGUGAUGCGUUUCUAGAUGAAAUCGUGGAGUCUGGAGCUAUGGCUGGAUAUGGUGUUUUGAAUUUUCUAGUGUCAAUGUUUCCAUCUUCUUAUUCUAAAAUCAUUUCAUUUAUAUGCUUUAACCCAAACAGAAAGCAAGCUAUUGAGGGGUUGUGGAAAUCAUCAAUGUACAAUAAUGUACUUGGUGCUGCUUCUCUUAUUACACUUUUUACUUUUUAUGGAAUGAUACAGCCCAUCGCAAGUAUUUCAACUGUUCAUUAUGAUUCUGAACUGAGUCGACUUGAAAGCCAUAUUCAAAAUUUCAAAACGCGAUAUAGGAAGAGUCUGUUAUGGCAAUUUAUGGAACUUAAGAUUUCAUUACUAACAGGUAACCCAGAAAAGGCCAUUAAGAUUGGGAAUCAAACGGUAACUACUACAAGCGAACAGCUUAUAAAUUUACAGGGCUUUGAUAUGGCAAUGGCUUGUGUCUGUGUCCGCGAUUUUAAAAGUGCCGCAAAACAAUUCUUGAUUUUACAGGAAAUGAAUUCUUGGUUUCGGGGAUUGCACUGGUAUUUUGCCGGUUGUUGCAUGCUCCAACACGCAAAAGAGUUGGAGAAAAUUAAAAAUGCAGACCCGAACGAGUACAACGCUUUCGUGCAAGAUGGCGUAGAUCUAUUGGUAAAAUCUUUAUCUUCCUUACAAGAAAAAGAAAGUAAACGUUUGCUGCCGAUGGAAAAGUUUUCGAUUCGUAAAGUUCUGAAAUGGGAGAAAAAAGCCAAAGCAGAAAAUAAGCCGUUACACCAAGUAAUAACAGUUCCUCCGUAUCUACAAUUUUUGUAUGCCUUUGUGGUUUGCACUUUGGGAUUCAAAAGGUAUAAUGAAGACUACAAACAGGAUCUACUGGAAAGUGCAUGCCACGAUGAAGAUGAUAUCGCUUUGCAAGAUUUUUUACUUGCAGUUAUCGAGAGAAUGCAGAAGAAUUAUAAAUCGUCGAAUGCCCGCUUGAGUAGAAUACUGCUGCUGAACCAAGCUUCUUUGUUGGGCGACGAUAAGGAUUUUUGGAUUUUUCCAUACGCACAUUACGAACUUGCGGCUUCCAAUUGGUUUGAAUAUGGAAUGGAGGCAGAAUUGGAAGUCAGGCGCUUGGUAAAAAAAGCAGAGUCGUUUCAGGAUUACGAUGUAGAAGAGCGAAUGGGUAUUCUUGCUAAAAUUGCUUAUCAAACAUUGGAUUCGGCCAAAUAG